AUGCUGUGGGGGUAUGUAGUGGACACUGUCCGUUCAUACUUACGUGUCAAUCUGUCGGCAGACAAACUCUCCGAGCUGGCAGUAAUAACGAGCGACGAUGCACUCUCCAAUACACCCCAGGGCGCCUCAACACAACGCUCUUCCACCGCCAGUUUUUCGGCAGCCAGUCAGCUGUCGACUGCGGCCGUGGCAGCAGCCGCAGCGGCCCAGCUACUCUGCCAGCAGAAGGACGACGUCGGCUUCAGCACCGGUUCCCUUUCCAACAGCGGUCUUCUCUUCCCAUUGGGUGGUGGUGUUGGUGGGCAGGCCUUGACUGAGGCACAACGCCAAUUCGGCGGACAGGGACUGUCG